AUGACUUUUGCGUCACGCAUACUAAAUUCACCAAAAGAGAUACGCAAUUCGCAAGAUAGAUUCCUAUCUCCAAUGAAAUCACCAAAAGUUAGAAUGUCACUCACUCCUGAUGUUCAUUUUUGCAAAUCAACACCAAAAUUUUCACCAUCCGCGUUUUCUCCAACGGCCUCACAAGAAAAGUUCUUCUCCCCAGGAAGGAACUCACUUUCCUCACCAUUAUUCACUUGCAACAGCCAAGAUAGAUUUGCGAGUCCAAGAAGAUCAUCAAUAGGCAAGUCUUUGGACUCUCAGCCAUCAUCACCAAACUCAAAAUCUAGACACUAUCCAUCUAAGCCAAUUCAUACAGCUGUUUUCGAUGAUAUCCCAUCGGAUUUUUAUAUCAACCCGAUGGACUGGUCUAGAAAGGAUGUUUUAGCCUUAGCUCUUGCAAGUGGUCUUAUCUUGAUCAAUCCGAAAACAUUUGAAGCAGAAAGACCUCCAUCUACACCAGAAGAUAUUGUUUCCCUUAAAUUCAAUCAUUCUGGCAAUAGUUUGUUCCUUGGAUGCUCUGAUGGAUCAGCUACAAUAUAUGAUGCGCUCAGAUACGCCCCAAUUAUCCUGACUCAACCCUUAGAUGAUGCAAUUCUUUGUGUCGAUCACAAUGAUUUAACAUUCUUCGCUGGAGCUCGCAACGGAAAGUUCGCUGCUAUUGAUGAAAGAACAGGAAAUGUUAAUUUCGAAGUUGAAGCACAUCUUGAAGAACUUUGCAACAUCAGAAGUUCUCCUGAUGGAACAGAGAUCGCCACAUGCGGAAAUGAUUGCACAGUCAAGAUCUGGGAUGUGAGAAAUACCCAAAAGGCAAAGACCGUUUUUGAACAACAUGAAGCAGCUGUUAAAGCUGUUGCAUGGUCACCAUCACAGAAAGGUGUUAUUGCAACAGGUGGUGGUACAAGUGACAGAACAAUUAAAGUCUGGAAGAGCGAAAAUGGUGAAAUCCUUAACUCUGUUCAGACGGGUUCUCAAGUUUGCAAUCUAUUUUGGAAUGACAGCUACAAUGAAAUUGUCAGCUCUCAUGGAUUUUCUCAGAAUCACAUUGCUCUAUGGAGAGGUACCGAUUUGGCUCCUUUGGCUUCAUUCCAUACACACAAGGAGAGAGUUCUCUAUAUGACCGCAUCUCCAAACGGUGGAUGCAUUGCAACUGCAGCCCCUGGAGAUAAUUUGCAAGUUUGGAAAUUAUUCCCGCAAAAGACAUUGUCGGUUUCGGAAUCAAUCUUGCUUUUGCGCUAA